GUGGUUGAGCUGUCGUCAUCAGCUCUCUCUCAGUGAUGGGGCUGUCCCAUCAGAGUCCCAGUCCAGCUCAGUCCAUCAGAACUGUGGAAAAACUCUCUCUGUCCGUCAGUCUGGAGUUUGGAGUGAUAUUCACAAUGCUCUGCAGUUCUGCGCGACUUUCUCCAACACAUUGUUCCUCAUGAGGAAAGUUUGCGGUGUUCUUCCAGGAGAAAAACCUCGGUGCAUUAUUGGCUCUGAACGCCACAACUAUGGAUUAUAUUUUUCUUUUAAUGUACUGUACGACAAGUCUCUUAUUUCUGGACUAUAGACAUGCUGCAAAAUCUCAUGGGAAUCUGUCCGGUAAAUUGAGUGAAUUCGGUCUGAUUGUGCCGUUCAGCACGGACUCGCGCGGCCGGUUCGUCUCUCACGUGCUGUCCACGGGAGCGUCACCGACCGGCAGGAAACGGGUCCCGCGCGACGCCCCCGUUACAUCUCACGCGGCCCCUAACGGGCAGCAGCUGUUCUUCAACGUCACAGUGUUUGGAAAGGAGCUGCACUUGCGCCUGAGGGCCAACAGGAGACUCGUGGCCCCUGGAGCUGCAGUUCACUGGCAGGAGGAUUUUCAAGAACAGGCCACAGAGCGCAUGCACGGAGACUGCGUGUUUACCGGCGAUGUCACGGACAUGCCGAAGGCCUCCGUGGCCAUCAGUAACUGUGACGGACUGGCAGGUUUGAUUCGGACUGAUGAUGAAGAGUACUUUAUCGAGCCACUCGAGAAAGGCCAGCAAGAGGUGGAGAUCAAAGGUCGUGUCCAUGUGGUCUACCGAAGAUCUGCUAUCAAAAGUGACAGGGGUCAAACAAAAGAUGACCUCCAGAAUGAAGUGGCAGACUUUGGUAUCGCUGAGUUGCCCAACGCUCUCAACGUGGUGGAGGAGAAAUUAUCAGAGACGGAGCGCAAACGCAGACAUGCAAAGAAAGAAGACUACAACAUCGAGGUGCUGCUGGCUGUGGACGACUCAGUCGUGCGUUUCCACGGCAAAGAACACGUACAGAACUACGUCUUAACGCUCAUGAAUAUAGUUGAUGAAAUCUACCAUGAUGAAUCUCUGGGAACAAACAUCAACAUUGUGCUUGUGCGAAUGAUUUUGGUGGGAUAUCGUCAAUCUAUCAGUCUGAUUGAACGUGGGAAUCCGUCGCGGAGUCUUGAGCAGGUGUGUCGCUGGGCAAACACCCAGCAGAGACUCGACCCCGAUCACGCUGAGCAUCAUGACCACGCCAUCUUCCUCACCAGGCAAGAUUUUGGUCCCGCAGGUAUGCAAGGUUACGCCCCGGUAACAGGCAUGUGUCACCCGCUGCGCAGCUGCACGCUCAACCAUGAAGACGGCUUCUCCUCCGCGUUUGUGGUGGCGCACGAGACCGGACACGUGUUGGGAAUGGAACAUGAUGGUCAAGGAAACAGAUGUUCAGAUGAAACCAGUAUGGGCAGUAUAAUGGCUCCACUGGUGCAGGCCGCUUUUCACCGGUAUCACUGGUCCCGAUGCAGCAAACAAGAACUCAGUCGAUACAUCCACUCGUACGACUGUCUUCUGGACGAUCCGUUUGAGCUGAAAUGGCCCAAACUCACCGAGCUUCCUGGAAUCAACUACUCAAUGGACGAGCAGUGCCGCUUUGACUUCGGUGUGGGAUAUAAGAUGUGCACAGCUUUCCGCACAUACGACCCGUGUAAGCAGUUAUGGUGCAGUCAUCCAGAUAAUCAAUACUUCUGUAAGACCAAGAAGGGUCCUCCAGUCGAUGGGACAGAGUGCGCUCCAGGCAAGUGGUGUUUUAAAGGUCAUUGUAUCUGGAGAUCGUCUCAGCAGCCGUACGGUCAUGAUGGAGGUUGGAGCUCUUGGGGAAAGUUCGGCUCCUGCUCACGCUCCUGUGGAGGAGGUGUUCGGUCCCGCAGCCGUCAGUGCAAUAACCCAGUUCCAGCGUAUGGCGGCCGUGACUGUCCUGGUUCAGUGUUUGAUUAUCAGAUAUGUAACACUGAAGAUUGUGCCGGUCCCUAUGAAGACUUCAGAGCACAACAGUGUGUGCAGCGCAGCAACAAAUACCACAACAACAUCAAACACACGUGGCUGCCGUAUGAACACCCUGACGAGGCUCAUAAAUGUGAGUUGAGUUGUCGCUCUAAGGAAACGGGUGAGGUGGUGUUCAUGAAUCAAGUCAUGCAUGACGGAACGCGUUGUAGUUACUCCGACCCAUUCAGUGUCUGUGCUCGAGGAGAAUGUCUGAAUGUUGGUUGUGAUAAGGAGGUGGGGUCGUAUAAACAGGAGGAUAAGUGCGGUGUUUGUGAAGGUGACAACUCGCACUGUCGCACCGUCAAACUCAUGCUCACCAAAACACCGAAGAAGACAGGCUUGCUGAAAAUGUUUGAUAUUCCUGCGGGCGCUCGACACAUCGUGAUUGAAGAGAAUGACACAUCGCCGCAUGUAAUUGCCGUUAAAAAUCAAGUCACAGGCAGUUUCAUCUUGAACGCUAAAGGUGAGGAAGCCAAAUCCAAGAGCUUCAUUGAGAAUGGUUUGGAGUGGGAAUAUUCACUGGGAAACGGCAAAGAAUCGCUGAAGACCAUCGGGCCGCUCCAUGAAGGCAUUGUGGUGCUGGUCGUCCCACAGGCCGAGGAGACCAAGAUCAGUCUGAGUUACAAAUACAUCAUUCAUGAAGAUCUUCUGCCGGUCAUCACCAACAACAACGUGCUGCUGGCUGAACUGGACACGUAUGAUUGGGCGCUGAAGAGCUGGUCGCAAUGUUCCAAACCCUGCGGUGGAGGAGUUCAGUACACUAAAUAUGGCUGUCGGAGGAAAAGUGAUGGUCGUUUGGUUCACAGGAAUUUCUGUGAGAUCAGCAAAAAGCCUAAACCGAUCCGUAAACGCUGUAAUACAAACAACUGUAGCCAACCCACGUGGGUUGUAGAGGAGUGGGGUCCGUGCAGUAAGUCAUGUGGUAAACUGGGCUAUCAGUCUCGGGUGGUUCAGUGUAUGCAGCCACUUGUGAACGGCACUAACAAACCCGUGCAUACUAAAUACUGCAGCGAGGAGCGUCCCGAGACCCGGCGAGCCUGCAACACCAGUGCAUGUGUGUCACAGUGGAGGACUGGAGCCUGGUCACAGUGUUCGGUGAGUUGUGGUGAAGGUAUUCGACAGCGUCAGGUGAUCUGUAGCGCGACAGACAACAGCGCGGGUCAGUGUGAUGCUGACAAACCAGAAUCUGUGUCCAUCUGCAAACUGCCACCCUGCACAGUAGAGUCAUCUUUGGCCACUCCCACUAAAGAUCUACUGGACAAUUUCACCACUGAGAGCGAGAAACUUCCAGAACAAACGCUAGAUAAAAUCUCUAAUGAGCCGUGUCUUGGUGAUAAAUCUAUAUUCUGUCAGAUGGAGGUUCUGGCUCGGUACUGCUCGAUCCCAGGCUACCAUAAACUCUGCUGUGAGUCCUGUAACAGGAAGUUGGGGUUCAGUACAGUAUCUCCAGAUACACACCCUCCAUUCUCAUGGCUCCCAGAUUUCACUUUCCCCCCGUUACCACAGACGAGCCCUGAUCCGACACUACAGACGCCUUCACAACCGACUGCAUUGACCGCUCUGAUCCAGACCACUAAAGCUAGUGGCCGGAGACUGUGGCCCACCGUCUCUGAUCUCACCGUUGCAGCCACUAGCCCUAAACCAGAGGCGGCGUCCUCACUCGCCGCUCCAAUGAGCACCACCGUCCCGUCUGAGGGCGUAAGAGAGUUCAUCACUUCUCCUCUACCUCCAGGGCUGAGUGUCAACACCACCGGCCCGCCACAUGAUGGACUACAACAACAAAACACCACUUUAGACUUGCUUCCUUCAACCAGGAGAAAAAGGGACAGUUCCACAGGGGCCAAGAGGGGCCUCAAAAACAGGAACUCACCAGUCACAUGAUCGUUAGCACAGCCCGACAACAUGGCUGCACUGUAAAAUAAUCAUUUUCUUAAAGGGAUAUUCCAGGUUCAAUACAAGUUAAGCUCAAGCGACAGCAUUUUUGGCAUAAUAUUGAUAAUCACAAACAUUAAUUUGGACUCGUCCUUCCUUUUCUUUAAUAAAAUCAAUGUUACAGUGAGGCACUUACAAUGGAAUUGAAUGGGGCCAAUUUUAGGAGGGUUUAAAGGCAGAAAUGUGAAGCUUGUAAUUCUUAUUAAAGCACUUACAUUAAUUCUUCUGUUAAAACUUGUGUAAUAUUUGAGCUGUGAAGUUGUUUAAAUUAUUGUUUUAGAUUUCAUGCAGUUGUAAUGGCAGUGAAGUUUUAAAAUUGGAAAGUUUUGUUAGUAAAAUUGGUUUGUGAUUUUCACACACAUAUUGUUUACAUCUUAUGGCUAUACUUUUGAAACAGUGAGUAUUUUAACGUUGACAGAUUGGCCCCAUUGUCUUCCAUUGUACGUGUGUCACUAGAACCCAAAUUUUAAAGGAGGGAUGAGUCGAAAUUAUUUUUGUUUUAAACAUUAUGCCACAAAUGCUGCCGAUUGAGCUCAACUUGUACUGAA